AUGAGCGGUGCUUCGAGCUCUAAAUCCAGAUAUGCCUUCAGGCUCCGCCAUCAGACUCCCUACCUCUCAUGGUACCAGCACUCAACCCAAGCCACGCACGUCUACGAAAUGCUUAACUACUUACCCAAGAACACACUCCAAAUAUUGGAAAUAGGCUGCGGCAUGGGCGCCGUCACGGACUGUUUAGCACAACACAUCAAGUCUCGAAAUGGUCACAUUGACGCUCUCGAUCCCGCACCUGACUCGUAUGUGUGCUCGCUGGAGCGGUACGUGCAAGAUACCGAAAACUUCUACCCCUCUCCGUGGACUCUGGGUGAUCAUCAGCACGCCGUGUCUCAACGGAAUCCCAACACGGUCACCUUCCACAAUGCGGACGCGAUCAAGUUCCUCGACGACGGAGACGACAAGGACAAGAAGUGGGAUGUGGCGGUGUUUUUCCAUUCCGUCUGGUACUUGGACUCGGUGGACGUCCUGAAGAACACACUUGAGAAGUUGAAGGGGAGGGUGAAGAGGGUUUUUGUUGUCGAGCAUGCGCUACGUGCCACGAACAAGUAUGCACGGUCGCAUGUGUUCGCCGCGCUUGCGAUGGCUGCAGUUGGGGAGGAGAGGCAGAAGAAGGGCGUGGACACCAGGGGCCACGUGACGUUUUUGGGCACUCCUCCAAAGAUAAAAAAGGCCAUGGAGGAGACCGGGUGGGCGUUGGAAAAGGAGGCGGAGACGGUGCCGGAUGGAGAGUUGAUCGAUGGAGUUGUCGAUGUCACAUGGGCUCGUUCAACCCAAUUUAGGGAGCAGUUCAAUGAGCUGGGACUGCAAGGCACCAAGAAGGAGGGUUUGGUGCAGGCUCUGCUGAACGCGGCUACUCAAGAGCUGGUUCUCGAUGAUAGGCGGAGGAUGAGCCGGUGCGGUGAUGACACUAUUCCCCACGCCUGUGCCAUGGAUGUUUGGGUGGCGAAUUUUGUGUUGGAGAAAGAGGAAGAGAAGUAG